AUGAUGAAAUAUGGGUGAGGUGAAUCUCUAGAGAUGUGAACAAUCUCGACAGUUUGAGAUGUGAAAAAGAAACUUAACCUGACGCCCUCUGAUGCCGGCCAUCCUUUCUCGUUGUUUUGCUAUAUAAUUUCAUCGAGUCAACAUGCUGGUCUUGGUCCUAGCUGGACCUCCGAUAGUCGUUGGCAUCUUCGGGGAAUCCACGAGACAUCUAUUCCACCAUACCACAAAUGAAGGACGCGCACGCCGCCUCGCAUUUCGGUUCAGCUCUCGCUGGGUAGGGAACCCCAACAGCAGCGAGAUUCGGGCAAACCGAACCAGAACUAGACGGAAGCAUGUUCAGGCUUCCUCUAUUGCUUAUGGGACUCUUCGCCCUGCAGGAGUCCUUGGCCAUUGGUCCAGACCAGGAGGCAUGCGGUGAGGAGGAGAUUGAGGCUGUUGAGAUGGCAGAGGCGGAAGCCCUGAAGACAGAGCUGCUUCAGGUGAAAGUCUCCAGUGGUGCCACCUUUGAGGAGGAGGAAGCCUCCUUCAUCCAGGCGAAUGCACAGGCGUCUGUGGUGAUUGAUGACAUGGCGGACUUCCCCACAAUGUUCGUGCAGACCGAUAUGGAGUUGGCAGCUACUGACGCCGUCGUGUGAGUGAGCUACAAUUCUGAGACCGGAUGCGAGACGACCGGUGCAUUGUACAAAGGUGCUGGCAAAGCCAUGCUGAGGUACAGAUAUGUGUGCAAAAGGAAGAUGACACCAGCUGUAUUUUUAAUCAGACAACAUCAGAUAUUUUGUGUUCUUGGAUGUUUGUGAAAUUCUCAUGCAGGAAGGAGGC